GAAAAGCAGGGAGAAAAAAAGUCGUAUAACAGGUUCAGGCGCUGCAGAUGUUUAUAAUUCAAAGUGGUUUGGAUAUCCUUAUUUCCAUUUUCUUAAGGAUAAAAAUUAAACUGGUGACACUCGGGAAACGAUGCCGAAUGAGGCAAUACCGGAAUCUUCACAAACUUCUGACGUAGAGAGACACACAGAGACUGAAAACGCUCCGACCAAGUCGCAAUUGCCGGAGGCUAGCAUCGAGGAAGCGCCACCACCACAACUACAAGACCUAGCCUCGGAAGCUAGCAUGCCUUCACCAUCAGAACCUGCUCGUAAAAAAAAACUACAUAAUCCAAAGAAAACGCAGCCACAGGAAGAUUCGGCAGAUAUCAUGCUCGCAGAAGCCCUUGAAUGCUUGCAAAAGUCUUCGAUCGACAUCACCGAUCCAUACUCUUCAUUUGGAAGACACAUAGCCAACGAGCUAAGAAAAUAUGAUCCGGACACAUUAGCGUAUGUUAAGAACGCUAUCAAUAAUAUAAUUUUUGAAGCCGAUAUAGGGAAAUACGCGCAACAACAAAUUAAUACAGGAUACUAUACACAGCAGUACAGUAAUUCCUCUACAAUGGACUCAUCUGGCACUUCAUCAUCAGCAUCACAUACCGCUACGUCUUCUCAUGCCAUUACACCAUCACCAGAUGCCAAUGUUGGAUUCGAAACUAUCACUGAAUUGUAAUUAAAAUAAACAAUUGAAUUUUAAA